AGUCUGUCGAGCCGACAGAGGGGGACACCGCGCAUUCCGGGACAGGCCGAGUCCGGGCGAGAGAACUGUCUCCACUUUAAAAUAGUUCGGCUCCAUAAGCCACGCCUGUUAACGUAGAGUUCUGUUGCCGGGGGGGAAGGGAAUUUGUCAAUGGACCCUUUGGGGAAAAGAACGGUAUGCCAGAAGUUUAUUUGCAAAAGGAACUUCAGAGGUUGUUUAAGUCGCCGCUGAACGAGAAGAGAUCGCAUAUUGAAGUUAUUCUCUAUAAACAACGAUUGAGUUGGGGAAAGUUGAUUAUUAUGCGGAUAUAACUUAUUGUCGAAAGGUCUCGGAGUUUCUGGAGUAGGCUAACUUGGCCGCGGCAGUGGGGCUUCCACCCGCCAGCGGACUCUUCCUCCUUACAGAUGUUGUGUCGUGUGUGCGAAGGAUUGUAGCGAAUACAGAAAACACAGCGGGCAUUUUAGUUUAGCAUGUCACUCGGAAACACAACGGCGGCCGAGCGGGAGAGAGAGCUGGACGCUACUUCAGCCACAGGCGAAAAUGGAGAAGGUAAAGAACCAAAGGAAGUUUCGGAAGGUGUUGUGAACACUAAGGUGGUCUGCCGCGUCUGCAAGCACUUUUACCGGGACCCCAAAAUCCUGCCGUGUUUGCACUCUUUCUGCGCCGAAUGCAUUCGUCUGCUGGAACCGUUUUCGGUUUCUGUCGUUAACGGGAAAGAUGACUCCGGGCAGCAUUCGCCGCUCCUCCGCGACCAGCAGUCGGUCACGGUGCUGUGCCCGGAGUGCGACUCGGAGGUGGACCUUCCACCGGCGGGAGUGGACGGGUUAACCACGGACCACCUGGCCCUGGACGAGGUGUUUCAGGAAACCGUGCUGAGUGCAAACCACGAGCUGGUCUGCGAUCUGUGCAGCGAGGGCAACGCGGAGAAGCGGUGCGCCGUGUGUAGCGCAAACUUGUGCGAAUUUUGCUGCCAGGCGCACAGGAGACAGAAGAAGACCUCCUCCCACUCUGUCCAGCGUCUGCGGGACCUGAAGGCCCAGGGGCGCCUCUCGCGCCCCGUCCUGUGCCCCACGCACCCGGGGGAGGAGCUCCAGCUCUUCUGCGAGUCAUGUGACCUGGCCCUCUGCCGGCAGUGUGCCGCGGCGGCGCACCGCGACCACCAGUGCGGGUACGCGCGCGAGCUGGUGGGUCGCCACGGCGACCGCAUCCGGCAGCUGCUGCGCGGGGUGCACCCGCGGCUGCGGCGGCUGGAGGAGGCGGCGCGGGGCGUGGAGCGCAGCCAGGGGGCGCUGCAGGCGCGGGCCGACGCCGUGGCCCAGCAGGUGGAGCGCUUCUGCGGGGCCUACCUGCGGGCGGUGCAGGAGCACUGCCAGGCGCUGCUGCAGCAGGUGGAGGCGGUGAGGGCGCACAGGCGGGCACAGCUGCACCUGCAGCGGGCACAGCUGGACCAGGCGCUGGCCGACGCCCGCGCCGGCGUGGAGUUCGCCGAGAGGCUGCUCACCUGCGGCACCGAGCUGGAGAUCCUCACCGCCAAGGGCGUGGUCAGCCGCAGGCUGGCCCUCCUGGCGGACGAUGGGCGUGGCCUCAACGCCGCCGCCGUGGCCCCCGACGACGGCAACCUGUGCUUCCUCCCCCAGGAGCGGGCCGGGGAGGUGGGCGGAUACCCCAUGUUUGGGGUGGUCCUCGCCAAGACGGUGGACCCCAGCAAGUGCCUCAUUCAUGGAGAAGGGCUCCAGCGGGGGCGGGAGGGACAGAGGGGGGAGUUCACGCUCCUCUGCAGGGACUCGGCCGGGGAGCCCAUGGGACGGGGGGGCGAGGCCGUGUUGGUGAGCAUCGUCCACAAGGACAAGAAAGAGUGCGUGGUGGAGGCGACGGUAGCGGACAACGGCGACGGGUCGUACGGCGUGUCCUACGUGCCUGCAGAGCCGGGACCCUACUCUGUGUGGGUCUGCGUCAAAGCCCAACACGUGAAGGGUUCGCCCUUCGUCCUGGCGGUGCAGAGGAAGUUCCGGCGACAUCGCGGCACCUUCCACUGCUGCUCCUUCUGCUCCAGCAGGGGGGCCAAGGACGCGCGCUGUGGCUGCGGGGGCAGCAUGCCGGGGGGGUACCAGGGCUGUGGACACGGGCACCGGGGGCACCCAGGGAGACCCCACUGGUCCUGCUGCGGCAGCGUGCUGGAGGGGUCCGAGUGCGUCAGGCCGGGGGGGGGCAUCCCCUGCUCCCCCCGAAGCGUCCGCAGGACCGUGGAGCUCUGAGCGCCCACGGGGGGAGCCCCCCCAGUCCCUGUGUGGUGGGGGGGGGGGGGCGUUUGGGACCUGACCAUGCCUGCUGGUAGAGGGGGGGCUGUUUAAUGCUGUACAAGCAGGGACACACACACACACACACACCAUACACACAGACACUAUUUCUACUGUCACCAUUUCACUUGCGAACACACUCUGUUUACAGGGCACAAGAAAGGAUCUUUUGGACAUUUAAUGUGCAUUAAAAUUAAUCUAUAUGUUUAAUGGAAAAUAUGUAUUUUGUAGUUAGGGCAUAUUAUUCAUAUUAUUUUGUGCAUUUUUAUACUUAAAUGUUGUAGUUUUUUAGCUGCAUGCACAUGGUCUCUGUACCAAAGGAUGGACUGCUUGCCUCAGUGCCUCGCUGUGUAAUGAAGGAAUAAAACGUUUUUCUUCUCCUUUAUGAUACUGA